AUGGAGGCGAAGUGGCAACGACCGCAGGCGAUGGAACCUCGGCCGAAUAUACCUGCUCCGGGCUCGACGCCCAGCCAGCCGCUAUGGCAGACCAAGGAGGUCGCGCUCGGGCUACCACGUAGGAGGGCACCGCCGUGCGAAAGAGCGACAAAGGUUAAAAGCGAAGGUUAUCGGCAGACCGCAGGAGAAGAACGCCACAGGGGGGGCCUUCUGGCCACGGGAUGCACGUUACGUCAGACGGACAUGGGGGCGAGUUCGCAUUGCUUGCCGGAAGGGCAACACGUGUCGGCGCCGAAACACGGCAGCGCGGACGGAAAGAUGCGCGGCCGAGCACGGCGCGCGGAUAUGUUCUUGUAUGAGCUGAUGAGCUGCGGUGGCCCCCCCUCCCGUGGGCAACACCAGCAAUUCGGGCUCCAUGUCCUCGGCCGGGCUGUUCUGCCAAGGCGCUGCCACAAUCGAAUUUCCGGCCGCGCCUUGUGAAGGACACGGAAAGAGAGACGAGAGGAGAGGUAGAGGGAGAGAGGGAAGGGAGAGACAGAGAGAGAGAGAAAGAGAGAGAGAG